CGAAAGGAAUUCUGGUAGUUGUUGUUUCUACACCACUAUACCAUUCCCAGAAUGCAACGGAAAGUCUUUGUUGCCGGAAAACUUUCAUGAAGAAUGCUGAACGAGAAUGAUCUUCACAGACUUGAUGGGGGAGAUGCGGGAACUCAAGACACGGGAGAGGCAGAGAAGCAGAACAUUUUGGAUGGAGUCCUGCAGGUCCCAGCUGAAACGGCCGAACAAUUUUUGCGGGCAGAGCUGGACCUGAAUGCUCGUCUCCGUUCGCUGACUUUUGGAGAGCCAGUGCGAUACACGUACAACCCGCUAGAAUAUGCCUGGGACACGCACCGCUAUUACGUGCAGACGUACUGCCAACCGGGGCAAAGUGUGCUGUUUCUGGGGAUGAACCCUGGGCCGUUCGGUAUGGCUCAAACCGGGGUGCCUUUUGGCGAGGUGAAGGCUGUCCGUGAUUGGCUGAAAAUCACAGGGGAGGUGGGGCAUCCGCCUAAUGAACAUCCCAAGCGUCCAAUCUUGGGCCUCGCUUGCAAACAGAGCGAGGUGAGCGGCGCCCGUUUCUGGGGGUUCUUCCGUAAGCAGUGCGGAGAGCCGCAUACUUUCUUCCGCCACUGUUUCGUGCACAACCUGUGCCCGCUGAUUUUCAUGAACGCCACAGGGAAGAACCUCACCCCGCCUGAGCUGCCUGCUGCAGAGAGAGACGCCCUCCUGCGCCACUGUGAUGCCACCCUCGGCCAGGUGGUCACGUUGCUGGGUGUCUCCAUGGUGAUCGGAGUGGGCAAAGUUGCAGAGCAGCGAGCGCGCAGGGUCCUCUCUGAGGCCGGGAUCCAGGUGAGGGUGGAGGGCAUCCUGCACCCCUCCCCCAGAAGUGCACAGGCCAAUAAGGGCUGGGAGGCCGUGGCCAAAGCCAAGCUUGAAGAACUGGGUGUGCUGAAGUUGUUCAGCUCAUGAUUGCUUGAUAAGAACUGUCUAUACACAUUACUGUGUCAUGUUUAAGUAGGAAUAUAGUCUGGCUCCAUUACUUUUGAAAAUGUUUUCAAUAAUGUUUUUUAUGUACAAUUUUAGAAUUUUAGUGUGCUUUAGUGUCACGGCUACAUAGUAUGUUGUAAUGAAUGAAUGAAUGAAUGAAUGAAACCUGCCACUGCACGUGAGCAGAAAGCUGUACUUUUAUUUCACCUCAUGUUUUUGUACUUUGACCAAAAGCCCAUCCGCUCACGAUGACAAAGCAAGGACGUCUAUCCAUUCCUUUCUUGGUUUGAUUUCUUAACCUCCAUGUGGUUGUCAUCAGGGGUGGUGUACUGGCACAAGUUUCACACUGAUCUUUGGACUGGCUUUACCUGUCCUCACCCACAGACUCAGGCACACGGCUGAUGCCUGACAGACAUUGAUGCAGUGACACGCGGUUCCAGACAGGCUCCAUGCCUGACACUGUAAUGAAUCAGACACAAAGGGAGAGGGUCUGCUCAGUGCUUCCCCCUGAAGAUUGGUGCUCACUCAUGGAAUAAUGACAAUGUUUCCAUUGACCUGGAUAGGUUUGCCCAUCAUCGUCAUUAUGCACUGAUGAAAUAAAAUCUUUUUGGGGCAACAGGA